AUUUCUCUUUACGUAGUCAGAUUGCCUGCCUGGUGACUGUUGCCGAGUUUUAUCUUACUGUCGUGUUUCACAGAGUACUACCUCCAUGUUUCCGACACGUUUAUAUACAUGUAGGUGUUGACCCCACACUUGUACCUGCAUAGUACGAGUGUAUGUACAGCUUCCAUUCGAUCAAGAAUGUCGCCGGAUGAAAGCAUUGUCAUUGGCAAGACAGCUAUGGUGUUUGGAGAUUUCGAAAACGACACCACGUUCAAUAUCAGUGAUGAUUCGUGUCUUCCUGGUUUUGACUUUCAUCAAUUCACGCACUACUCUGUUAUUCCUGCAACUCUAAUAAUUGGAAUGCUCGCCUUUCUUGAACAUCGACGAUCACAUGUCGAUAUCUGUGGAGGGAGACCUGCUCUCAUCGUGCCACUGCAUUUCCUGGAUGGCUAUGAAGAUCGGUUCGGGUAUGCUGCCGGGUUUGGCGCCAUCACUAACCUCAUCAUCAGUUUAUUCACUAACGCCAACGUUUACCCAUUCUCCGUGCCGAUAUGGGCGGCAGCUCUGCUCAUUCAGCUGAGUGCUCUAGAGUACAGCGUCAUAUGUUUCCCGCUGUUUGCAUGUAUAGCUACACGACACAAGCUGGUCGGAGCCAUCACGUUAUUUCUGUACAGUACACUGUGGUUUCUGGCGACCGUUGUGUAUCGACUGCAAGUUGAGUGUCAGUAUUCUGUUCAAGGAGCUAACAAGGGAUACAAAGUACAGCUAAUACUGUCUCAGGCACCAAUUUUUUUCUGUUAUGCUUACCUGAUGCUGCGAUCCAUUCACUCGAUAUACAUGUGUUUCCACAAACAGAAAUAUGUGCUGGAGGAAAACACAGAUGUUAUUCACCCUCACCAAGCACUGUAUGUAAGAGUGCUACUCGAUGCCAAGAACUACAGCUCUGACACCACUAAACCGGAUGAGAUCUGGUAUAAGAGAUGGUACCGCAAGAUACAUAAGCCGGUUUGUGGAUUUAAAUAUCCUGUGAGAAUUGUGGCUACCGUCUUCGUCGUUAUCUCAAUUUCAUAUCAGUUCAUAGCUUAUCUUUUAAUGCUGGGUUUCCAAGCUCUGUAUUAUGUGGCUAAAAUGGACGACAAAUCGAGUCUGCACAUGACGGUUUUGAACGGCACAUUAACCGUCUUGAAUCCCACCAUUGUCAACGUCUUUAUAGGUGUGUACUUCCUCUCUCUCCUCCUUGUUACGCUGAUGGCGUGUACAAAUAUGUACCUGUUUCUAACAACCUACAGAUUAGAUAUUUUAAACAUGUUCAAAGGCGUGCACUCGUUUGCAGUCGACAAGACAAAACCAACAUACUUCAUUAUGGCUGAAAACCUUCGAUUUCCGGGAUACCAGGUAGCCUAUAUGUUGUGGGGUAUGAUCAUUCUGAUGAUCGUAGUGAUGAUCCUGGGUUUCGGUUUGUCGUACGUCAUUUUCCUCCUGGCUGUUAACAACAUACUGGUCGACGCUUUGAGCUACUUGGCCCAGGUGUUAAGUGUCCCGGCAACCAUGAUACUUCUGUUCUAUUUACAAGUCCUAGUCUCCAGAUUUCUCUUACUGCAGCCAAAAGUAAAAGAUACAGACACCGCUCCUCCCUUGAAUGUUAACAACAGAAAGUUUUACGAAGACUUCAACUAUUAUGCGUUCUUUGGAAAUCUGGGUAUCGGGGUUGUGUCGUGUUUCUUCCGCAUCCUACAGGGCAGUGUGCUGGGCGUGCUCCUCGUGGGACGUCUCGAGAGAACCAUCUUCAUGGCAGGCUGGGAGCACAGGGACAAAGGUUACCAAGCAUACAUCGGCAUGUUACGAAUGGAGAACGCUCACAAUCAUCCUAUCCUGAGGGUGUUCAGUGGGCUGAUGUGGGAGGUGGCCUUCAAGAAACGCCACCUAGCGGCAGCUACUCAGGAUAAUCAGGGUACAAGUAGGAAAUACAGAACAUUCCCCAGCAUCGAAUCCACCGCACCAUCCUCCCGAAACCUGCAUUCUCUAGCUGAUGAUUCAAGUUCCCUGUGCUCAUUUGAAAAUGUACCAGUUUCAAGAAACAAUAUUCACCGCAGACGAUGGUGGGUUGCCUACACACUGAUAAACAAUCCGGACUUGUGCCAGAAGAGAAAAAAGUGGCUUUUCGAAAUUCCAACAGACGGAUUUGAAUUUGGUGCUGGAGACGAAUCAGUGAGAAAUAGAGGGAGCCGCAACGAAGCCUAUGUGUGAAUCACUUAAAGCUGCAGUGUUGACUUUAUAUCACUUAAAGCUGCAGUGUUGACUUUAUAUCACUUAAAGCUGCAGUGUUGACUUCAAAUCACUUGAAGCUGCAGUGUUGACUUUAAAUCACUUAAAGCUGCAGUGUUGACUUUAAAUCACUUAAAGCUGCAGUGUUGACUUUAAAUCACUUGAAGCUGCAGUGUUGACUUUAAAUCACUUGAAGCUGCAGUGUUGACUUUAAAUCACUUAAAGCUGCAGUGUUGACUUUAAAUCACUUAAAGCUGCAGUGUUGACUUUAUAUCAUUUAAAGCUGCAGUGUUGACUUUGAACAAUUUAAAGCUGCAGUGUUGACUUAAAAUAAUUUAAAA